UGAUAUUCUACAGAUCUUCGAUAAGUAUAUAUUGCAACAACAGUCUGUCUGUGUUCACUUGCCAUCGGCUUCUCUUUGCUCUGCUACCCUUACAAACAUGUUCACAAGGCAAUUUUACUUCCUGGGGCUUGCAGUCUCCGCUGUUGCAAGUCCGGCAUUGCUGCAGCGCCAGUACAAUGCUUCAAAUUCAUCGAUGGUUCAGAGUUUCAAGGACGUCCCCAUUACGAAAGAGAUCCAGUACAUCCCCUGUUUCGACAAUUACACAUGCACACAACUGGAGGUCCCACUCGACUACGAAAACUUAGACGCCGGCUUCACGAACAUUGCCUUCCUCAGGUAUGAAGCUGCGGAGCAACCCGCAUCAGGCGACAUCAUCUUUAACCCUGGCGGUCCAGGCGAGUCGGGUGUCAGCGUUCUUAUAUCACUGCUGCCUCAAUUAUUGGAACUCCUCGGUGACGAGUACAACAUUGUUGGCAUGGACCCCCGAGGUAUCAAUAACAGUGGUCCACUGCUCGAUUGUUUCGACGGAAAGCCUUGGCUAAGAGACUACUACUACGGCCAGGUCUAUAAUGACGUUGAUCCGCGUAGCAAUGCAUCUAUUAGCAAGUACUACGAGGGAUCAGGCACGUUCGGCACCUGGUGUAUGCAGUAUUUGAACAAGACUGCUAAGUACGCGAACACACCCGCGACAGCGAGAGACAUGCUGCAGUACGCUGAACUGUUGGCCGAAAGCCAAGGCAGGUCACGUAAAGAUGCGAAGGUGGACUUCUACGGUGCCUCUUACGGCACCGUCCUAGGUACGACGUUUGCUGCGCUCUACCCAGAUCGUGUAGGAAGGUUCCUCAUCGACGCCGUUGUUGAUGGAGACGACUACUACCACGGGAACUGGUCGCAGAACCUUCUCCAGGCCGACGCUUCCGUCGAAUCGUUCUUUGACACCUGUGCUAAGGCCGGGUCACUCUGCGCCUUCUACCGUAAUGGCUCGACCGCUUCCGAUAUCAAGAAACGAUUCGACGCUAUCCUCUUGGAUUUGGAAGAGAACCCAGUUCCGGUGAACGACCCACUUUUCGUCCAGUUUCCUACCGUAGUCACCCACAUCGACGUCCGGGUUCUCAUCCAGACAGCCGUCUACAACCCGCCAGUCUACUUUCCCCUUCUUGCGACGGUCGCCGAUGGUCUCGAGCAUCGGAACGGCUCCCUGGCUGCUGCACUUUUGGUGAAAGGUGUUGCACCAACUAGUGAAUGCGACUAUCUGCCAGGCGGGACGGGGACGGACACUGUGCUACCUAAGCAAGUUAUCGCUUGCAACGACAACAACAAGAGUUUCAAUGGUAGCGAGGAGGCACUGUUUGACCUGUUCGCAGAGCAGAAGAGGAUAAGCACAUACCUCGGAGACACCUGGCCAUUAGCUGUCGUCCCGCAAUGCCGACUCCUAAAUAUCACACCGCCCAAAAGUCAGCUGUUCCCGGGCUUCAAAAGAAUUAACACGAGCACGCCCAUCCUCUUUGCUGACAACGUCCUCGAUCCAGUAACGAGUUCUGCUGAACUGAUGGCUGGAUACUUCGAGGGAUCGGCAAUUUUACUCCAAGACGCUGUUGGACACGGUCUUGUGGUCACCUCCUCGAACUGCACUUCUUCAUAUGUUCAGAAGUAUUUCAAGACUGGCGAACUGCCUCCGAAGAACACAACAUGUGAAACCGACUUUGACGCGUUUCCACAGACUCCAGGAUUGAAGAAACGUGGACUGGAGCCUCGCAACCCUGUGCUUCGCAGUCAUAUCGCAUUGUAAUGACGCCGAUUCAUAUAUGUAUGCUAUGCAUCUUCUAGGAUAGAUUUGCGAUGAUAAUCCAUUGCACC